AUGAUUAAAUGGAAUAAAACAUUAUGCUUCAUUAUUGUAUUAUUUUCAAUUUUUAUCGUUUUAUUUUUAUCAAGUAAUAUUCAACGAACAUUUUCAAAUAUAAUUAAUAUUUAUGAUUGCAAAUUAUCACGUAUUGAAAGUGAUGACUUUUUUUGUGAAAUUGAUGAUGACUGGUAUCGUCGAAAAGAAUUAUUUUAUUUACAACAUAAUCGUAAUCGAUUUUUUGAUUCAUCAUCAAUGUUUUUUCAAGAUAAUUAUGAACCUACAUUUUCUUGUCGAUUUGAACAACGUUUAGGAAUAAAUGGUGAUGGAGGAAAAUGGAUGUGUGAUGUUUAUCGUUUAAAACAAUUGAAAUCUUGUUUAAUUUAUAGUCUUGGUUCAAAUGGUGAAUUUAGUUUUGAAAAUGAAACAAAACGUUAUUUACCUGAUUGUGAUAUACAUACAUUUGAUAUAAAAGAGUUUAAUUGUACAAAUAUUUGUACAUUUCAUAAAGUUAAAAUAGGUAACGGAUUCAAUGGAACAAAAACAUUACGAAUGAUUAUGUCUGAAUUGAAUCAUUCUCAACGUCCUCUUGAUAUACUUAAAAUUGAUGUUGAAGGUAGUGAAUAUGAAUUUUUCGACGACUUAUUUAAUACAAGUGAUCAUUUAAGUAAAAAUAUACAUCAGAUACUUGUUGAAAUACAUCUAGCACCAAUAAUACGACAGGUGAAUAAAACGACGAUAUAUGAAUUUAAUAAAAUUCAUCGCUUAUUUCAAUUAUUUCAUGAAAAUCAUUUUGUUAUAUUUCAUAAAGAAGUUAAUUUAUACAAUCCACAUCAAGCAUUCGAAUUUAGUUUCAUAAGAUUAAAUGAAAAUUUUUUUCAUAUUAAUAAUAAUUCAACAUCAAUAGAACAUAUACGAUAA